UGUGGAACGGAUUUUGAAAAUGCGUCGGUUUUUCGUUGUUUGUGUGUUGUCCUUACUGUCAAUUCUCGUGGCGGUGGAUGCGCUGGCCAUCAGCAAUGUACGAUUGGAAGAAGGUAGUGGGCGCUACGAAGGACGAGUAGAGGUCAGCAUUGCCGGUAUAUGGGGAACGAUCUGUGACGACGGCUUCGAUAUGGAUGAUGCCAAGGUCGUCUGUAGGAUGUUGAAUAUGAGCGCCACCGGGUUUUUGCAUCAAGCCCGUCGCGGUCAAGGCUCUGGACCAAUAUACUUACGGAACCUGGCGUGUGAAGGUCACGAGACUAAUAUUAACCAAUGUUCUUACGGCAUCAACGUCAGCGUUUGCUCACAUUCAGACGAUGUGUCCGUCAUUUGCUCAGACUGUGGGACUAUCAAUGUUACAAACGGCCAACCUGCUUCAAUUUCGUCGAACGGAACAUCGUUGAUAAUUUCAUGCAAAGAUGGAUUCAACGCAGAUAAGAAUUCCAGCGAUUGUAUAUCGGAAACAUGGACAAUAAAAAACAUAUUUUGUCGCUCAUCUCUAAAAAUCCAGAACAUGCGGCUUGCUAAUGGGAUUGGUCUUUACGACGGAAGAAUAGAAAUACAAGUGAACGGAUCCUGGGGACUUAUUUGUGGAUAUUCUUCUCAAACAAGAUAUUAUUUUUCAGUAAAUGAGGCUGAACUUAUCUGCUAUAGUAUGUUUGGAACAAGGUUACUGUCAUAUUUCGGUUGGGGCACUUAUCCCUAUGGGCAAAUGAAUGGCACAGUUUAUAUUGACCAGCUGCGCUGUUACCGGAACGACGAAAGUAUCCUCGACUGCGAUUACGUCUUGAAUACAACAUGUUCCCAUUAUGAUUAUGCGAGUGUUGCAUGCAAUUUUUCUCCUUUCAACUUUACGGACAUUCGUCUCGUUGGAAACGACAGUGACGCUGGUCGCGUGGAACUAAAGGCCAACAAUACAUGGGGAACUGUGUGCCCUUACGGAAUAUCUUCAUAUACGCCAACGUUUAUAUGCAAACUGCUGAACAUGAGGUUACUCUUUAAUAUCCAAUGUGGUGAAGCCAAUGUCGUUCACGGAAAUAUAUCGAGCUAUCAUAACAAAACGUUAACGGUAACAUGUGACGAAGGAUAUGACCCUCCGACUAUUACACUGUAUUGCGUCGGUGGCGAUUGGAGUGGAAACAGCACAUGCGUGGCAGCAGGCUAUCCGUUGGAAAUCCAGGAUGUUCGCCUUGCACCAGGUCCCUACCAUGGAAGGGUAGAGCUCAAAGUCAACAACACAUGGGGGACCGUAUGUGGAAACGGAUUUGAUAACAACGAUGCCAAUGUGAUCUGUGGAAUGUUUGGACUCAGCCGAUAUACGAAGUAUACCUAUGCAAAAUACGGAAACGGAGUUGGCCCGAUUUAUAUGUCCAAUCUAGGCUGCACCGGAGCUGAAAAGGAUAUAAGAGACUGCACAUAUACGGUUAAGAACUCGUGUACGCAUUCACAGGACGCAUCUAUUCUUUGUUAUGGGAGAGCGCUGAAUAUCACGGAAGCACGUAUAAUCAACGGAACCAGCCCAUAUAUUGGCAGAGCAGAGAUCAAAGUUAACGGAACAUGGGGAACAAUAUGUGACAACGGUUUUCACAGCUACGAUACUUCAACGACUUGCAAAAUGCUUGGACUAAAAGGUGCAGAUGUAUACAGCAAUGCUCGAUACGGUCAAGGGUCUGGGCCUGUGUUCAUCGAUGAUUUAAUUUGUUAUUCUUAUUCUGCUUCCUUAAACGAGUGUCGUUAUCUUAAAUACAAUUUGUGCUCUCAUCAGCGCGAUGUCUCUGUUGCAUGCUACGGGCCACACUUAAAUAUAUCUGAGGUGCGUUUGGUGAAUGGUACUGGUCCAGAUGAUGGAAGAGCAGAAAUUCUUGUAGAUGGAAAAUGGGGAACAAUAUGUGACGAUAGUUUUGAUAUCAGUAACACUGAAGCAUUUUGUGCGAUGCUUGGAAAAAAAGGAGCCCAGUUUUUUACUGCUGCAUAUCACGGCCAGGGGACCGGACCAGUGUACAUUGACCGUCUUGAUUGCCAGUCGGCUAGCCAAGCCCUAAGCGAUUGUCCAUAUCUCUACACAAACACAUGUAGUCAUGCAAGGGAUGUUUCUGUAGUUUAUUGUGGAAAACCGGAUAUAUAUCUCUGGGAUGCCGGAUAUUUCAGCUACAAUGGGUCAAUCCAUUAUGCUGAUUGCUCGUACUACAAAAAAUAUGUAGGAGUGCUGGAACUGACCUGCGAUAACGUUACCAAAAAGUGGAUAACAAACGGUGAAUGUCAGGAAUAUAGAUUUCCACUGGAUGUAGCUGAUAUCCGUUUAGUCAACGGGAGUGUCCCCGGAAGUGGAAGGGUAGAGUUAAAGUCAAUGAACACCUGGGGAACGAUUUGUGGAGAUGGCUUCGACAUGGAUGCGGCUAACGUCAUCUGCCAAAUGAUUGGCUUCCCGUAA